UAGUUCAUAUCUUCUUGACACGGUGAAUCUGCUACCCUCUGUCCUGCGGGCUGACAGAGGACGCCAUCAUGGAGGAGGAGGGGGACUCCCACCCGGAGAUGAAGCACUUCUCUCUGCCGUGGCCUCUCCCCAGGUUACGCUCCCUCAGUGACACCUCCGGAUUUCGCUCCAGAGUGCUGUUCAGGCUCCGGGGGGCCCGCUCAGUUGAUGGGUUGGAGAAAUCAUCAUCACUGGCCAGCUGUGACGUGGUGGUGGACAGCGCCACCAAUACCCAGAAUGCCACUGCAACACGGCAGCAGCGAGGGAAGCUGUCGUCAAUAGGAAAACUGUUCAAACCGUGGAAGUGGAGGAAGAAGAAGACCAGCGACAAGUUCCAGGAUCUCUCCAAAGUUCUGGAGAGAAAAAUCUCCACCAGACAAACGAGGGAGGAGCUCAUCAAGAAAGGAGUUCUCAUCCUUGACCAAGAUGAAACGAUCAACAGUGAAAAUCUGAAUGGGCACGCCACAUCUGGUGUGACAUCAGAGGAGGUCAAAGUUGACAUUGAGUCUCCAGAAACAGCGCUGGAGGAACAGGCCACCGGGCCCGACGGCACUGAGGACAAAACAGCCAAAUCCUCCCAUCCAAAGAAGACUGGAUUGACAGCAAAAAACAGCCCAGCCUCCACCUCCACCUCCACUUCCACCCUUCGUUCUCGUGCAUCUAAGGACGCUUUAGCACAGACUGAGGGAACCGAUUCAAGGACGAACCGGAAAGCAAACACUCCCACCUCUUCCUCCGUACCUCACAAGGCGCCCGCAGAGACUUCUAGUCAGCCUGGGGAGUUAAAGUCCUCGCUCCUUUCCUCAGACACCAAGCCUGCCUCAUCUAAAGCCUCAGGCAAUGACACAGAGGGAGCUCAGGCUGCUUCUCAACCUGCUCCACAGCCUAAAUAUGUUCCCAAUACCUCCACUGCGGGAGAGGAGACCCAGUCUCCCCAUAUCAACACCGCCACAGAGGACACUUCUUUCACAGUGGGAGGGACGGGCAGCGGCUCACAGGGGGAGAAACGGGGGAAAACGGGAGGGGAGGGUGGAGAGGAAGAGAAGAAGAAAGGAGAAACGGAGUCCGCUGUGGAGAACGGCCCGAGGUCUGCAAAGCCCCAAGCUGAACGGCCACAGGGCCUCAGCGUGAACACGGAGCAGGCCAUGGUGACGGUGAUCCCUGAUAGGCCGAGAGACAGCACAACUAGCGACUCUGACUCUGACGGACCAAUCCUGUACCGUGAUGAGGAGGAAGACGAGGAGGAGGACGAGUACACAACCAGCCCUCUGGCCAUGAAGAUCCGCCGACGAGACACUCUGAACGUGAAGCUGGGGAACCGUCCGAGCAAGAGAGAGCUUGAGGAGAAAAAUAUUCUGCCAAGGAGCUCCGAGACUGAGAGACUUGAGCUCCGCCAGCAGAUAGGCUCCAAACUAGUCAGGCGCCUGAGCCAAAGACCCAGCACAGAGGAGCUGGAGCAGAGGAACAUCCUCAAGCAAAAGAAUGAAGUAGAGGAGCAAGAAGCCAAGCAAGAGAUUAAGAGGAGACUCUCCAGAAAGCUGAGUGUGAGGCCUACAGUGGCAGAGCUCGUCGCGCGCAGGAUUCUGCGUUUUAACGAGUACGUGGAGGUAACGGACGCCAAAGACUAUGACCGGCGGGCAGACAAACCCUGGACACGGCUUACUCCUGCUGAUAAGGCUGCUAUCCGUAAGGAGCUGAAUGAGUUUAAGAGCCGAGAGAUGGAGGUGCACGAAGACAGCAAACAAUUCACCAGAUUCCAUCGGCCCUAAGCGUUCUCACUGCCAGCUGGACGUCAGCACCACAAGCUCUCCGGUCCACAGCUCCCAGCAGUCCCCCCUCCAGACCCUCAGACCCUCCAGA